AUGAGUGAAGGAGUCCAAUAUCCCGAAACGACUGAAAGGGAACACCUCACUCCUGAGGUGAACCGAGAAGAUGGACGUCGCAACAUCUUUGAGGAUGUCGUUGCAGAGGAGAAUGUGUUCCAAUUUAUUGGCUCUGCAAGCAGGCACACAACGACCGCACGCUCAGUCAUAGCCAAAGCGCAUACGACUCAGUUCCUGGGGGAUGUGUCCAAUACGACAAUCCAGCAAAUUUCAAAGGACCGUAGCGAAACCACGGUCAAGGAUGAACAUCACCAUCCCCAACAACAAACAAAAUAUUUCAAAGGACCUGGUCGCACAGUCGGCUAA